ACUUCAAGAAGUCCCAACAUUGUUCGAAGUGUGAAAGCCAUGCUGAUCAAUAUAUCCACGACGCAGAUCCUUGUAGCGCUGACGGCAGCGUUUCUACAGGGAAGAAUUAUAUCAACCACUUCAACCGCUGCGAUUCUAUCAGAAGGCCCAUCUAGUAUAUUCGGCCCCACGACAUGCCUCGCUUCCUAUAACAUCUUUAGUGCGUUGACUUCGUAUGUAGAACUAUUGAUAGUUCAUACGAUGUUUUGUCGUUAUCGAAUGCUGCAAAUGAAAGGGAUGAAGACGACCGAAAUGUUUUUGAGCUUCGCCAUGCUUGUGUGCUAUGCGCCACUUGCCACUACACUACCUCCACCCACGGGAUACGUCAAUCAUUUUCAGGUCUUAUCGCAGCUCAAGGCAGCGAGUUCUGAAUGGCCAAUAAAUGCUGAUGUUAUCUUUCAGGCACUCACUGCUCAAGCCAUGGUUCCGAUUCUUUGCUUCGUCCCUAUUGCUUUGCUUGGUAUUCUAUCGAGAGUCUCUGAAUCAAAAAUCGUCAUCGUUGAAUAUCUUUUCCUUGCCCUCGCAGCACUACCGUGUGCAGUGGAUCCACUGAUCGCAAUUUAUUUUGUUCCAUUAUACAGAACAUGGGUUUUGGGAAAGCUUCGCAAGCAAAAAAGAUUCAUGAUCUUUGAUUCAGUCCUCGAUAUUUCUUUUCAUAAAUACCAAUUAGUUCUGAUAGUAUCACAAAUCCCUUGA